AUGGCUGUUGUGUUGCGAUAUGUAGAUAAAGAUGGGCGUGUGAUUGAACGAUUUGUGGGAAUUGAACAUGUGGCUAAUACCACAGCUGUGUCACUUAAAGGUGCUAUUGAUAAAUUAUUUUCUAGAUAUGGAUUAAGCAUAUCUAAAUUGCGGGGACAAGGUUAUGAUGGGGCAAGCAAUAUGAAAGGAGAGUUCAGUGGUCUUAAAACUCUUAUUUUGAAUGAGAAUCCAUCAGCUUUUUAUGUUCAUUGUUUUGCUCACCAACUUCAACUUGCUCUUGUAGCUGUCGCAAAGAAACAUAUUCUAGUUGCUUAUCUUUUUAGUGUGGUAUCUAUGGUGAUAAAUGUCGUUGGAUGUUCUUCUAAGCGUUGUGAUAUUCUUAGAGAAAAGCAAGAUGCUAUUAUUUCUGAAGCACUCAAGUGUGGUGAAAUUUCAAGUGGAAGAGAGCUAAAUCAAGAAACCAAUCUUAAAUGUCCCAGUGAUACUCGUUGGGGUUCACAUUAUGCUACAUUGCAUUGUGUGGGAAUAACAAAUGAAUUGUCAAAAGCACUACAGAGAAAAGAUCAAGAUAUUGCAAAUGCCAUGAAAUUAGUGGAAAUUUGCAAGAAAAGAUUACAAGCAAUGAGAGACAAUGAAUGGGAUUCAUUUCUUAAUCAAGUCCCAAACUUUUGUGCUAAAUAUAAUGUGGAUGUUCCUGAUAUGGAUGAUACAUUUGUUGCCCAAGGUCGAUCACGGCGCAAAACUCAAGAAAUGACAAAUUUACAUCAUUAUCGUGUGGAAUUCUUUUUUGUUGUUAUUGAUAUCCAACUUCAAGAGCUAAAUGAACGUUUCAAUGAGGUAAACACCGAACUACUUCUUUGUUUAGCUUCUUUGUGCCCUAGUGAUUCAUUUGUAGCUUUUGACAAAAAAAAGUUGGUCCGGUUUGCUGAGUAUUAUCCCAAAGACUUUUCUACUUUUGAGCUUAUGAUACUCGAUGAUCAACUUGAAACUUACAUUAUUGAUGUACGUUCUACUGAGAAGUUCUUGGGUUUGAAAAGUAUUGGAGAUCUUGCUCAAAAAAUGGUCGAGACAAAGAAAAAUAUUGUCUAUCCACUGGUGUAUCGACUUAUUACAUUGGCAUUGAUUCUACCUGUUGUUACUGCUACGGUGGAAAGAGUAUUUUCUUCUAUGAAUAUUUUGAAAAAUAGAUUGCGUAAUCGAAUGGGAGAUCAAUGGAUGAAUGAUUGUUUACUUGUCUACAUUGAAAAAGACAUUUUCAAUAGCCUUGACAAUGAAGUUAUCAUGCAACGAUUUCAAAACAUGAAAACCCGUCGAGGCAGAUUGUAA